CGAGUUUUUUUUUUCCGAGUUUUCUUUUUAUAUUAGUUUGUUAUUGUAUAAAAAUUAAUACUCGAUCACAUGUGCUCAUAACAUAGACGAUGCAUGAUACAAUUUAGCUAUAGAUAACGAACUUAUAAUGAUUUGAGAGAGUAUAGUGACCACAUUUGUCACUGUUUUUUUGUUUUUGUUUUCUAGUAUAUAGUGUAUGUAACUGUAAAACGGUGGUCGGUGGGUAUUGGUACCUGUAUUUAAAAGUAAGUAUUGGAAAAUCGUGAUGGGUUUUUGAUUAUUAUUACAGUAGGUACAGUAUUCUGGUUGAAUUAAGAGACAGACGUGUAUCAAGGCAAGUUAUUUAUUUUAUUUUAAUUUUUAUGGCGUGGGAAGUGGGUAAAAAUGAGUAUUUGAAGAAUGAAUUUCCCCUCGUCUACUGCAGCUACCUGUAUGAGAUGUUGCAUCAGUAGCUUUAUUAUACAGCUGUACCGUGUGGUGGUUAGGAUUCCAGACUUGCAACCAAGUGUUUGGGGUUCGAUUCCCGGGUGGGGCACUGCCGUUGGCCCGUAUGUAAAUAGCUUUGGAUAAAGGCAUCUGCUAAAUUAAUAAAUUUUAUUUUAGUUUAUGUGAAUAUAUUAUUUCAGUUCCGUUCCUUUUGUAGUGGUGAGAGUGCCAAUGUUGAGGCUGCUCGACUUCUUCAAGAAGCUGCAAGGAUUUUGAAGAGAGAGUCAGAAAGCACAGCCACUGCUGGCUCAGGAUCACAGACUGGUACUGGGAUGUGUUCACCCAGUUCUUUUAGCGGUUUGUUUAACAACAUGCAAACCUCACUAGCUGAAGUACAACAAGGAAUCCCUGUUUCAGCCAUAUGAUCGGGCAAGGGGGCAAAAGAUGUUCCAGAACACUGGAAAGUGUAAACGGAAAACUACACAUAGUGAAACCUGGACACAUGAUUUCUUUUGCUUAGCAGAGACCAAUGUUCAGACUGUGCCCAAUGGAGAAGACCGCAUUGGUUUACAGAAUUCAAAAUAACAUUUGCAGACAAAAAUUGAGUAUUUUCUGAACUAUGUGAAACUCUGUUUUCACAUUUUCCACAAUUGAAAGGUGCAGGAGGCUUUCAGAUGUUGAGGUCCGUUAAUAAAACCAAACAAUUGGCACCAAUUCCAAUGCCAGCCAGUGGGUACAGUGUGAAAUUUCUGAGAACUGAGAGUGGCCUGAACCAGGCAAUGGCCUAUAUUCAACCACUUCAGAAUAACCUGGAGAGCACUGCGAAGCGUGAGGCUGAAGAGUGUCAAGAGGUGGUCAUGGAGAAGUGCAAAAGGUGUGAAAAAGAUAUCCCUCUGCAAUGCCUUUCAGAACACAUUGAAAACUGUGGAAGACAGCCUGAUGACACUGACUUGGAAGAUGAUGUCGUUAUGGAGAUAUCUGAAGAGACUCAACUAUCUAUGUCAUCACAUGACAACACAUCCCAUGUUCAAAAUUAUUACAACAAGCACCAUGCUUGUAGUGGACUGUACAGAGACUAUGUGGACCUUGUCAGUGAAGACAAUGUAUUUAGUGAUUCUGAAGAAGAGCAGCUGAAUAGAGCUCUAGAGGAAUCGCUAAAGGAAAGCUUGCAUGCAGCUGUUAAUGUGGAAGAUAUCCUACAAUCUCUGAGAGUUGGAAUCAAUGAAGAAGAAGUCAUUCGCUUCAACUUAAACAGAAGAAAUGUGUGGGAUGUUGCUGUAAGAGCCAUGAGGAGGCCAAACUUUUCAACCAACAAAAGAGUUGAUGUGAAAGGAGCAGUGGAUUUGGGAGGGCCAAUGAGGGAGUUUUUCAGACUAGUGCUGCAACAUAUAAGAAACAGCCCUAUGUUUGAUGGCCCAGAAAAUCAACGUACUCUGUCAUGCCAUGCAGAGUGUAAGUGUAUAAAUCAAUUUCAUUUCAUGUGCUGAAAAAUAAAUUAUAAAAAUCCUUUAGUAGAUAUGGUGUGCCAAAUGUUCACAGUAUGUAUUUUUCAAAAGAGAACAGAAGGACGUGUGAUGACAUUAGGUACAAUUGUUUCUCUGGAGCCGCGCAUGAUGCAAAGCAAAUGUAAUUAACCAGCACUAUUUCUGAAAAUUAAAGCGUUUUUCAGAAGCUGCUUUUGUAGAAUGUCGUUUGCAUGACAAACAAAUAUAUUAUACAUAACAAAUGCAAUUACAUGAAAAUGCUGUUAUUAACUACCAUUUCCAUUGAAAUCAUGGGCAUUAUGUUACCCCAUUGCCAACUAUAACAUGCAAUCCUUCAAAGUAACUGUCACAAAGACGGCCAGAGUGGGUGGCGUCAGACCAGAGAGGAAUACACAGACAGAGACGGUGGUGAUGAUGAGCUGAGUGCAAUGGCUGCACUCAGCGUUUAUUAACAAAUAAAAGGGUUGUAAACAGCACAAAACACGGGACACGGCACUUCACGCCAAAAUAAACAGGUAGACAAAACGGACAGACACUAACAAACAGGGACAAACAAACACGGUGAGUGAAAACACUAUUUACUUUAUAUUUACGUUCUUCCUUUCUUAUUAUUUAGUUUCUCCUUCUCCACACUCGUUCUCCACUCACCGAACACCUAACCCCGACUGCAUGCUACGUGUCUCUAUAUAUACUGUUGUGCUGGGAUUCAAUUACUAAUUAAUAAUUCACUUGAAUCCCAGCACGUGAAUUAAUUCUGUGCAACCCCGUGCUCACAUAUUAUAUUUUAAAUGCACGUGCGUGAUGUGCAAUCCCGUGCCUAAAUAUAAUUAUACACUUUUUAAAUACACGUGAAACACAGACCAGUUUAUAUCCCGUGUACCAAUGACUAUACACCAACAUUUACACACGCAACAUACAACACAUAACACAAAUGCACACAGGGGCGGGGCGCUUUGCCACAUAUACCCCCCCUUGUGCGCAGCACACAUGGCCUCAACGGCCACCUCCCCCCUUAAAAAUCCAGCAGUC